CUCAGCCUUUCAUACCAUCUUAGCCUGCACCGUAAUCUACCUCACCACCCUCUAUGCCCCGGAAACUCUUAAACAACUAGUAGCACACCCAGCCUAUUCUUACCUGACAACAAUCUUAAUAGUCUCAGCAGACGCAACUCUUGGUGAUGCCUUGAAAGGCUUCUGGCAUGCCCUGUAUGCUUGUGUUCAGGUUCUAAGUCUCUCAAUUUUGAGCCUCCAGCUGAUUGGGCCUGCGCUCUUCACCUCCCAUGUGAUUGCAGCCUUGGCAGUGGCUAUCUCUGCGUUUGUUGUGGCAUUGCCAGAAGUAACAAACUUGAUGUGUAAGCGGAUUGCGUUUGGGCAGAUUGUGAUAGUCUAUGUAGGCACUGCUAUUCAUAGUAGUACUGCACAGGCUGAUCAUGAUCAGGAUGAUAUGGUACUCAUGCACCCACUUCAAGUGGCUUCAAGUACUAUGCUCGGAGUAUUGGCAUCUGUUCUGGCUAUGUUGUUUCCGAACCUGGUCUUCUAUCAUGAAGAUUCUUUUCUGGCUAUGUUGUCUCCCCACCUUGGCUAUCACCAGGUAGGACAAAUGUGCCAAAAAUAUACUGACAAUGCCAGGAAAAGGUUGAGCCUUUACUUAGAAGCCGUGGUGUCUCAAGACAGCUUGGCUGCCCUUGACACUAUUUCAGAAGCACAGCACUUGACUAUAGUAGGAGAAAAGCUUCUUCACAGUAUUAAACAGAAACAGGAAGCCUUGGUGUGGGAGAGACCAGAGAUCAGAAUCCUAAAACCAAGUUGCAUUGAUUUGGAAAAGAAAUUGCAGGAUAUAGAAGUACCCUUAAGAGGAAUGGAAGUAGCUCUAACUUGUUGCCCUUCAUUUCCUGUUGCCAUGAUUGACAAAGUGCCCAAAGAUGCUUUCACCAACAUAAAGAGUCGCAUAAUUCACAAGCUGGAGCAACUUGAGCGCAUUUCACCUUUCUACAUGACAAAGAAUAAGGGAAAUUCCUUAGACUGGUCCUUUUGGACCCUCGAAACCCUUUGUCAUGAAGAUUUGUCGGCUUUCUUUUUUCUUGAUUGUCUGAAACUCCUCCAAGAAAAUACUGAGGCUAUUGAAGAAUGCAAGAAGGACACUGAGAUUAAAAGUUUCAGUGGUUCACAAAAUCAAAGCAAUAGCAGUAUCAUAAGGUGCCGGAGCACUCUAGAGCACAUUGUUGGUGUGAGUGGUGGAAUGGUGGCAUACAAAGAAUAGUGGAGCAGUAGGUGACAAUGGUGCGGUGGGUGACAAUGGUGGUAGACAGUAGUGGCAGAAUUAUUAGGAAUAGGAAUAUUAUUCAGUUGUUUAGUAGGUCCUUGAUGUAUAUAUAUACUCCAUUUUGGAGAAGAAAUGAAUCAUCUGAAAAUUCCCAAACAUUCUCGUUCUUUCUGACUUGGUAUCAGAGCAGAGAUCCAAUUUGGACUCUGUCUGUUCUGUUGUGUUUUUUGGUUCUUUUUGAGUUCUUUUGGGUUCUUUUGAUUAGUACAGAGAGAAACACAAGCAGAGCUAUAUCUUCCUACAAAAUCACAGUAUAGUUUUUUGUAAAUCACCUUUUGAUUAAACCCUGGCGAUUCUGGACUAAACGCCACCACAUUAUCCCACCACACAGUCACAUUCUCCCAGAUCGCUGCCAUCAACCAAGCUCCAGCGAGCUACCACACCCAAAGCUUCAAAGCUGCGACAAGCUCCGCCAUAAGUGCCUAUCCCAGAAUCGCCUCAACACCAGAGAAUAAGGAGAAACCAGAUCACUGCCAAUUUCAAGCUCGAUUGUCACUCCUCCAGCUCCGCCUCAGCUCGACCACCGCAGCACCGCAACUGCAGCUCACCGCAGCACCGCAAUUGCAGAUCCAUCACCACCGCAGAUCCACACAAUUCGGCUAUACUCAGAACUGCUGCUCAACCGCCGCAGAUCCAUCACCAAUUUGGACUCCAGCUCACCGCCGCAGAUCCAUCACCGCAACUGCAGCUCGACCAUCGCAGCUUCUUUCUGCCUUCAAACCCGACGUUGUGCAGAGCUCGAUCCAUAGAUCUUAAUCUCCGCACGCAUCCAGCCUCCUGCAGCGCAGCCCGUGCCUCUACCGGUCGCUGCAUCGAGAAAUCCCGCCUCCACCGGUCGCCCAGCCCACUGCCCUCCGCGGCUCUCCGCCUGCAAACACCACCGGGCACACCUCCCUGACUGCAGCAGCCCUCCCCAGCGCGCGUCUUCACAGAUCCCCGCGCCUCCUCAGUCCGCACAGCAGCGCAUCAGCAGCCCAGCUCGACCAACUUAACCAACAGCAACAUCAGUGAGGGGAAGAGGAGGUGGAGGUCCCUGGGUUACCUUAAGCUCUAGAGCGGAGUUUUUUUGGAUUUAUUACAGAAGAGUGGAAGCCGUGUGUCUACAUACCU